AUGGGUUCCCGUAUGGCCGCGCUGGCCGCUUAUAGAAACGGUCUGCGAGCUACAAAAGUCGCUUUCAGUCAAGAUACAAGAGUUCUUCUAGCUGCAAGAGCUCAGAUGAGAGAUGGUAUGUUGCAUCCACCAAACCCACAGCUAUCAUCAGAAGAACAGAUAAAACAUUUGAACGAUGUUGCCGAGUUCUUGCGACGCAAUAUCGUGCAAGGAAAGAGAACUGAGGGUGACAAAUAUGCGUUGAACAUUCAUAAAGACACCGAACUGGGAGAUAACGAAACGGUAAAACAAGCAAAAGCUACACUUGUGGCAAAAGGAGGAGGCUGCUGCGGUGGUGGCCAGAAACUGUACGACUAG